CACUGAGUAUGAGAAAAAGGUGGAUAGCGACCAAAGAAACCAUUUCCAUGAAGAUGUUAGGCAAGAGAAGGGAUGUCUCUAUGGAGAGGCCUUGUGAUGUACUCGUAGACCCGUUCAACUUGCCACUCAUAAAUUACAGUAGGGAACUGGUUUUCUAGGGGACAGUCUAAGCAAGGUCUCCAUAAUGAGUGUCCACUCUGACCAAACCGCAACCGGAGCCAGUCAGCCCCAAAACACUGGUAAAAUAUAUUAUUAUAUCUACAUUCUAAGACAGAAGAUGAUAAAAGGGGAACCAGUAAAUGACGUGCAGCGGGGGCUGAAAUGCAUCCAAAGUGAUUAUGACUUAUUAAAGAAGUUACUCGAUAAACUGUAUAAGUAUACUGGUAUUUGCAUGGCUGCAAGUCUUGUGGAUUGGAACUCAUCACUUCGAAAAGAAUUGCAGUCAUUCGAAAAAGAGGUGACAGAUUACAUUCAGGCACAUGGGACAUCAGAACAUCAGCUAGUUUCCACCAGAAGCCACAUGGAUACCGGUGAAUCUGCGAAUUCUGAAGCUGAAAUCCUUUCGAGAGCGUUUACUACGGAAGGCGACAAUAGAGAGAAUGCCUCAGAAAAUGUGCGGUUCAACAAGCUGAUCCUUCACAUCGCACGGCAUAUAAACGACGAAGAGGUGAAGGAAAUCAAGAUUUUGCUCCAAGGUUGUAGACACAUGAUAUCGAAUGAAUUGCAAAGGAUUUCAGAUCCGAAAGACUUUUGUCUACAUUUGAUGAAUACUGGUUAUUUCACACGGAAUAACAUCGUGGCUAUACAGGCUCUAUUGUGGAACCUUAGAAACAUCUUGCUAUAUAAUGAGGUGUCAAAGAUGGCCAGCAAUAUCAAGGAUAUCCUCUACUUUUGUGAACCCAAUCCAAUACCAGCUACUGAUCACGACUGUGUUACCAUACAUUACAAGCAAAAACCUUCCGAGGAAGAGGUUCAGAGUUUACAACAAAAGUUUGCUAGUGUGUUCGGAAUACCAUGGAACUUUGUCUUAAUUGUUGGAUCAAAGCCUACACGUAGCUGGUACAUCACCCUGAUGUUUCCUGCAGUGUGCACGGAAAAGUUUUUGAAAUCUGAUUUAAAGGCAGAAUUGUUUAGUGAGCAAGUGAUAGAUACCAUAGACCUGCACGGAGAGACCAUUGAUUUAAGCGGUGAGAAAAAGGCGGCAAAGCAGGAGGAAAAGACUAUGGAAUCAAGUUAUGAUCAAGAGACAGCCUCCAUGGAGACGCAUGAAAAACUCAUUGCCUCUGUUAAGAAAUGCAACGAUAAGUUGAACAAGCUUAUCGAUUACAUCGCAGAGAAUAUCAAAGACGAAGAGGUGAAGAAGAUGAAAGUAUUGCUCCAAGGGUGUGAACAGAUGGCAUCAAAUGAUUUAGAAAGGAUUUCAAAUCCUAAAGACUUGUGUGUACAUCUGAAGAAAGCUGCUUAUUUUACACCGAAUAACGUCAUAUCUGUACAGGCGCUACUGUGGAAUGUUGGAAACAUCGCGUUGUAUGAUGAAGUGUCAAAGAUAGCCGAAGAGACCAAAGACAUCCUUUACCUUUGUGAACCUAAUCCAAUACCUGGACUGAAACGUGACUUCCCUAUUAAGCCGACUGAAGAAAAGGCACCAGAAGAACAAAACUUUAUGGAAGCUGGACCCAGUGAAGAAUUCCAACGUGUAAAAAGAUUGAAAAGUGACUCCCCUAUCAAACCGACUGAAGAAAAGACAUCUAAAGAACAACUUUUUACAGAAGCAGGACACAGGGAAGGAUUUCAACUUGUUAAGAUGGGGAGGGGGGAUAGUUUUUAUUUCAUAGGACUGAAAAGUGACUUCCCUAUCAAGCCGACUAAAGAAAAGGCACCUGAAGAACAACACUUUAUGGGAGCAGGACUCAGUGAAGAAUUUCAACGUGUAGAAAGAUUGAAAAGUGACUCCCCUAUCAAACCGACUGAAGAAAAGACAUCUAAAGAACAACUUUUUACAGAAGCAGGACACAGGGAAGGAUUUCAGCUUGUUAAGAAGCCGACGCUGAGAUUCACAGAGACAGACGACAGUGAGCUGAGAAUCACUGACAGCGGCUCAGUGGUAAAGGGUGAGGACUUGUACUGGGAUGACAGGUGGAUGAGAGCUGUGACAGGCGGGCGUUAUCAGACGGGCAGGUACUACUGGGAGAUACACAUCACCUGUUCACAUGGCUGUAUCUGUCGUGUAGGAGUGACACAGGAGAGCUGUGGCGUGAGUGAGGAGACAGACCCUGGCCGUAACUCCUGGUACAUUGGGAUGUUGUACCGUGGUGAUGAGGUCUGGUGUGAUAGUGACAGUGGUGGUGGUGAGAUCAAACCUGACUAUCGACAGUACAGACGUUACACACGACCUCUUCACCUGGGUGUGUACCUGGACUGUGAUGAACACACACUGACAGUGCUGGACUGUGACAACAACCAGGUAAUGUACACUGACAGUGGUGUUAUCGUCACAGAGCCUCUCGUGCCAUCGGUUGGGUUUGGUGGCAUGUCUGAAUCUGUGUCUGCUCGUCUGGUAUCGGGUGACUCUGCAACUCUGCCUCAAGUUCUCUGUGAUAUGAUAGGCACUUCCUGACCAUCAGGUAUGCUAAUUAUUCAGUUAAUCUUUUGUAUCAUAAAGUGUUUAAAUGAAAUCCUGUCACUUUAGUUUACUCUUGCUGUUAAACAAACAUAUCAUUUAGUGUCUACAAACUGUUUAGUGAUCUGUUACAAACUUAUGGUUUGCUGUGGAUAUGCACACUGAGUCUCUCUCAUCGGAUAUGUAUAUCACUUUAGAAAAGCACUGCAGAAAAAGUGAAUAGUGUUGUUUUCAGUGACCUUGUGCCCAUUGUAAAUCAGAAUAAAUAGGACUGUCACCAUGGUAACUGAGGUGAACAGAUCACGGUUUAUAUAUACGACAAUACACAUAGUCAACAAGGUAGGCCUUGUGAAUGCAUGGUAUUUACUUGGUCAUCUUAAUAAUUUAUGUCUCAACAAUAUGCACAAUUAGUUCAUUAUUGUGGCUUUUGUUAAUUUGCAUGAAGAUCAUUGAAAACAUAUUCCUUGAGUACGUGUGGAGACAGCAGUCAUGUUUAUAGUUACAGAUGUUGAUCAGGGUUCAGGACACGGAAGACACUGACCCCAUCAUUGACACAUUGAUCCCUGACCAGUUUUACGCCCAAGGCAUAGAAUUGUGUGCUGUAUAUUAGUUGUAAAUAUCUAGAAGUGUGGCCAAGUAAAAAUAAACCGCACAUUUCACGUAAGCCAUUGUAUACACAAUGUCAUUCACACAAUGACAUAUAAAGGUGGAUGUUUCAUCGCUGAUUCUCUGUCUGCAUGUGAAUUACCAAAUUCAUGAGUUUUGCUUUCUUGUGUCUCCUACAGAUGAGCUAAGGCUUCCAAAUCUAAGUUUUCUGUUCUUUCCAACAUUGGCUGAAGUAUAAAUUGUGAUUACAUGUUGAUAGUUUGGGUAUGUAGAGAAAUAUUGUUGGGCAUUAGAGUAUGGAAUAGAUUAGGAAGUAAAAUAUCCAAGUCUGGCCAUGCAUUGCCAUGUGAAUGGCACGUUACAUUAUUUCUAAUGGUGUCAAGAAACAAAAUACAUUGUUUUGUAUUAAAAUUGCUUUUUUUUUCUAAGCUCGCCUGUGUGAAGUAAGGCAAGGUAUUGUAGGGAAGAGGGAGGUGCUCAGUGUGCAUGGCUGGUUAAGAUUUUUUAGCUCCUGUAUAAUGGGCUAUCUGCACACACAGAUUGAGGGUUAAGCCUUGUUUGGUUUAGCCCCAUAUAAUAAGUCUUAAGAUAUGGUGUGUUAUUGUACAACUUAGACGGAAGGCUCAGGUCUAUCUCCUGUAUAAUGGGCUCUCAUACAUGGGUUGUAGGUUGUUAACCUGUUUUGUUUUAGCUCCAACAACUUACAGAAACAUUUUUUAAAUAUAGUUUUUUUCUCUCUUAUGUUUAAGGGAUCGUGGCUGGUGUGUACGUCCACAUAUGGCCUACUGAUAGAAGAUUGAACUUCUUAUUGAUCUUAGCUUUUUGGCUGUGUGAAUAUUUUCUUAGUCAAUUUGAGUGAAAAACUUAUAAUGUAAAACCACACCAGUUUUAUAAACUUUACUUUGUUUUUCUAUAGUAAACACCUCUUCUCAUCUUUUCGAGAUUCAUGGGUUUUGCCAACUUUAUGUGUUUCUUGUAAUCAAGGAAACUUUCAUGUAGGGCUACAAUUUUUGUGCACAGGCCUGUAACCUACAUGUAGGAGAACAAGAUUGAUGGCAUUGAUAAGCAGAUAAAAAUCGCAGGUAAAAUUCGCUAUUUUACCAGACAUGCCACUGUUUUUAUGUUUUGUGAGCUCACCUUGUUUAUCUGUCAUAACAGUGUAUUACAUACUAUACACAUGUACCUACAUGUACACUAUGUGUGAACUGUAGGAUUUAACACACCAUUGUGGUUUGACACCCACUCGUCUGUCAUAGUGUAUUACAUACUGUACCUACACUAUGUGUGCACUGUAGGAUUUAACACACCAUUGUGGUUUGACACCCACUCAUCUGUCAUAGUGUAUUACAUACUGCACCUACACUAUGUGUGCACUGUAGGAUUUAACACACUAUUGUGGUUUGACACCCACCUGUCUGUCAUAGUGUAUUACAUACUGUACCUACACUAUGUGUGCACUAUAGGGUUUAACACAGCAUUGUGGUCUGACACCCACCUGUCUGUCAUAGUGUAUUACAUACUGUACCUACACUAUGUGUACACUGUAGGGUCUAACACACCGAUGUGGUCUAACAUCUGUCUACCUGUCUAUCAUGUCCGAAAGGAACAAAAUAGUUUUUGUACAUUUUGCGCAGACAGGGUUGCAUGUACAUGUAGACCUACUUGUAAAAUGAUGUAUAGAUGUGUGUGUACACAUAUGCGACAUGGAUGUAUCUACUGAUGUAUUUACCUGUAGAUGGACUGUCUGUAAAUAUAGAUGUGUGUACACAUAUGCAACAUGGAUGUAUCUACUGAUGUAUUUACCUGUAGACGGACUGUCUUUAAAUGUAGAUGUGUGUGUACACAUAUGCAACAUGGAUGUAUCUACUGAUUUAUUAACCUUUAGAAGGACUGUCUGUAAAUGUAGAUGUGUGUGUACACAUGUGCAACAUGGAUGUAUCUACUGAUGUAUUUACCUGUAGACGGACUGUCUGUAAAUGUAGAUGUGUGUGUACACAUAUGCGACAUGAAUGUAUCUACUGAUGUAUUUACCUGUAGACGGACUGUCUGUAAAUAUAGAUGUGUGUGUACACAUAUGUAACAUGGAUGUAUCUACUGAUUUAUUUACCUUUAGAAGGACUGUCUGUAAAUAAAAAUAUCUUGUAUAUCUACGGUGUAUAAAGCACUGAUGUUUCAA